AUGAAAUCAAUCAACAAUCGAUUUUAUUUGUAUUUAUCUAAAUGUCAAAAUGAUAUAUCGUGUGCAAAAGCGUUUAAACUUGUUACUGGUACUGAUGAAGAUAUUAUAGCUUUUACAUUAACAUUACAAAUGCUUUUUUUGACUAAUCUAACAAACCCUAUGUGUACAAUUAAUUUAGGAUUAAAUAGUUGGGAUUUAUUUACGCUGAUAGCAAGUCAAAGUAUCGAACUUAUUACUGUUCGUCCACUUGCUGCAAUACUCGUAGCACGUCUUUAUCGUUGUUCAACUGAAGAUCAACGAGUUUUAGCUCGUGCAUUACCAAUUUUGAUUGCCUUAGCGGAAAAAUCGUUAGCGCCAAGUUUAGUCGACCCACCUGGUGCUUAUCCAGAUGAUGGAAAUGUUUUAAGUAUAAUAACAGUUUGGAGUGAUUUUGUUGGUUUCACGUUGGAAGAAAAUUUCAAAACAAAUGCUAGUUUUUUCAAUGAUUUUUGUAUCAAUAGCGGUGUUAUCAAUGAAUAUUACUUAGCACCAACAGGUCCGAUGCCCGUAUGUCGUGAAACACAGCAGUCGAAAUAUAAUUAUACUAUCCCAUCUGUAUUUACUGAUAUUUUAUAUACAAAAGAUCCUCGUUAUUGGGGACAUUUUCAAGUUGAUCCACAAAUAUUUCGAUCAAGUGAAGGUGGUGCAUUGUUAUUGAAUGGAGAUUUAGAUUAUAAUUCACCAAUGUAUACAGCAUACCAAACUCAAGUAUGGUUUCAAUCUGAACAUAUUCGUACAAAAUUAAUCGAAAUGAAAGGUUUAACUCAUGUUACUAGUGUGCAAUCGUAUACCAAACAAGAUGGAUUUCAAUCAACAACAUGUACAGAUCAGAUUAUCGUUCAAUUUUUGUAUCAACAAGAGUUAAAUUUAAAUUUAGAGACGAUAGAUUACACAUGCAGUUCGAAAGAAAAUUUAAUUGGUAUUGAUUGGAUGUAUUCGAAUCCUAUUGUUAAUCAAACUUUAUAUACAUUAUUCGGUCAUUCAACAACAGAUUAUUGGGGAAUAAAUUCAAUGAAGGAAGAAUUAAUCGAAUGA